CAUGGCACAUUCACCAGCAGGCAUUUCUUGGACUUGUUUGUCCAUUGAUUUCAUCUGCAGCCCAUUCAGAUAUUACAUUGGAUAUUUGGUGCCAAAACCUUGCAAUGCAAUAUAUUUAAUUCGUGGUUGUAUUUUCGGGCAGGAACUAACAUUUUGCACGUGUGCAUCUAUGUAAAAGUAAGCGCCUAGCAUGGAUGACUCGUGCAGUAUAAUUGAUGAUCAUCAUCUCAAUGCCAAGAGAAUAGAUAUCUAUCCCUGUGAUCACCUCUUUCCGACAAUUUUACGUAUUAACUUUGGAGCUUUCGUGACUGCAGGAAUUAUUCUUUGGUUCUUUCGGUAAAGUCACGUAUAUAAAGAAACAAAUUGGUGAUAUCUGUCUGCUUAUAUGUCUGUCUAUAAUUUUUUCUGGUUCGAUUUUAUGUCGCUAUUUCAUUAUACCUGAUGAUUGCUUGUGUUGCAAUCGAAACGUCGUAUGCUGUAAUAUAUUAUUUUUUCUUUAUACGUGACUUUACCGAAAGAACCAAAGAAUAUUUUUUACGUAUUACUGUUUCCAAUGAAGUGCAGUUUCUUCACACUUUAUUUAGAUCAUGCGGAGCACUGUAAAGUUGUUUUCGGAAAGGUGUUUGCUUGAGAAAAUAAGAUCCGUUAAAGACAUGGACGGCGCUCAAACGGAACUACUGCAUCGUGAUGCGGCAUUCUGCAAUGCUCCAAAGUGAGAACAUUUCGUUGAUGAAGAAGAGUUGACGACUCGAGAUCAUUGCACGCUGCCAACCAAUCAGCACGCGCCCCUUCUUCGCACGUCACGACUCCGCUGACCAGUGAGCGCGCGCUCUGGGCUACAUAAGCCGCCUUCUCCUCCCCGCCUGUGAGAAUCUUUGCCCUCACCAAGCCAUGGCUCGCACCAAGCAGACGGCUCGCAAGUCCACGGGCGGCAAGGCCCCCCGCAAGCAACUCGCCACCAAGGCGGCCCGAAAGAGCGCUCCGGCCACGGGCGGCGUCAAGAAGCCUCACCGCUACAGGCCCGGCACCGUCGCUCUGCGCGAGAUCCGCCGCUACCAGAAGUCCACCGAGCUGCUCAUCCGCAAACUGCCCUUCCAGCGCCUCGUCAGGGAGAUCGCGCAGGACUUCAAGACCGACCUGCGCUUCCAGAGCUCCGCUGUCAUGGCUCUGCAGGAGGCCAGCGAAGCGUACCUUGUCGCGCUCUUCGAGGACACCAACCUGUGCGCCAUCCACGCCAAGCGCGUCACCAUCAUGCCCAAGGACAUUCAGCUCGCCCGCCGCAUUCGUGGCGAGCGCGCUUGAACGCCCAGCUCGGCCCUCAAAGCACAACACAAAGGCUCUUUUCAGAGCCACCACUUACUCGUGAGAAAGCUUCCAUGUGUGUCCUUCAAAGUUCGGGU